ACGCCGCAUGUGACCCGCCCGGCCAGGCCGCUCUCCGGACGCCGCCAUGGGGUGUUGCUACAGCAGCGAGAACGAGGCCUCGGACCAGGGCGAUGAGUCUAAGCCCCUGCUGCCCACUCCCUCCAGCCCACCCAAGCCCUUAAAUGGAGCCGAGCACAACUGCCACAACCUGCCUUCAGCCCGGACGGACGAGCAGGCUCUGCUGUCAUCGAUCCUCGCCAAGACAGCCAUCAACAUCAUUGACGUUUCGGCCGCAGAUCAGCAAGGCAUGGAGCAGCACGAGUACAUGGAUAGAGCCAGGCAGUACAGCACCAGGCUAGCCAUGUUGAGCAGCAACCUGAUGCAGUGGAAGAAGCUCUCAACGCUCCCAUCGCUCACCACGCAGCCCCAUCAAGUGCUUGCCAGCGACCCCGUUCCCUUCGCAGACUUGCAGCAGGUCUCCCGGAUAGCUGCGUACGCCUUCAGUGCUCUCUCCCAGAUCCGAGUGGAUGCGAAAGAAGAACUGGUUGUACAGUUUGGGAUCCCCUGAUGCCGAUCCCGCAGACGUCUGUAACUUCUUGUUUUUUAACAACCUCCCACUUUUCCUUUCCUCUCCUUCGCCACGGUCGGCUUUUCACUGCAGUGGGACUUGUACGGAUCAGCGAUACACUGAACUUCCUGCCACUUGCGCCCCAGAGACAGUCGCCUCCGCCAGCUGCCAGAUCCCCGGGGCUGGUCGGACCCACGUUUCUUCUUCCUCCUCCUGUGUUUGGGGGGGGGGAUAUUGGUGUCAGCCCGUACAUGAAUAGGUUUGAGGAGGGGGCAGGCCCUGAACACUGUAUGCUAUGCCCAGCUCCUAAAGAGGUGAGCACCGCACUAUUGUUUAUCGAGGGGACGGGAUCCUGAGGCGCACUGAUGGCGGGGGGGAGGGCAGCUGUGCUCGCUUUCAUUAUUUACCUUUCCCCCCCCCUAAUAAGGCUCUGAAAUUCUGGCCUCCGAGUUUAGGGGGCUGAGAAGCAUUGCAGCUGCUGCCUGCCCCUUUCCACUCGGGGUUCAACCUGCAUUACUUUCCCGUUGCUGCCCGCAGAACGCUGGGCCUUCUUUUUAGGAUUUGGGGGGGAACCAACGAAGGGUGCGUCGGGUUGUCUUCUUCUUCCUAAUGGGAAGGAGGGGAGGGAAGAAGCCAAAGAGCAGCUUGCGGGGAGGGGGGGGAGCGGGACACACCUUGCAGCUUCCUCUGUUUUUGGUGUCUCACCCAUCAACACCCUCUUUUUAAGUGGCUCAGCUGUCGUUUCGUUUUAAUUUUUUGGUUUCCUUUUUUUUGCUAAAGUAGAUAAAAUAUAAGUACGUUCAUCAUC